AUGAUUUGGAACGCUGUGAUAUUUGGACCUGGAGAAACUCCUUUCGAGGAUGGCACUUUCAGGCUUUUACUGACUUUUGAUGAACAAUAUCCAAAUAAGCCACCGAGUGUAAAGUUCUUGAGCAAAAUGUUCCAUCCUAACGUAUACGCCAAUGGGGAGUUAUGUUUGGACAUAUUGCAGAAUAGGUGGUCACCUACGUAUGAUGUAGCCGCUGUUCUAACUUCCAUUCAAUCUUUAUUACAUGAUCCGAAUCCGAACAGUCCCGCUAAUUCAGAAGCCGCGUCACUCUACUCGAAUAACAUGAAGGAGUACAUACGAAGAGUUAGACAAACUGUUGAAUUGUCUUGGGUUGAUUCAAAUGAGGUCGACGACGUUGACAAUGAUAAGCAGCAAGAUUCAGCAGAGUGA